UGCUCCGUUCCCCAAUAUGGCGGCGCCCAGCGGAAUGAACUGCACGUGAGAAAGAGCAGGCAACUCAGCCUCUCAGAGUAGCGUGUGUGAAGCGCUUUCAACUCCGUGCUGCUCUAGAAUCUUUUCCUGUCUCCCUAAGGCCUUCGGAGGGUCCGUGCCCGUCGGCAGCCAUGAAGACCAAGCCGCUUUCCCACAAGACGGAGAACACCUACCGGUUUCUUACGUUUGCUGAAAGAUUGGGGAAUGUGAACAUUGAUAUCAUUCACCGGAUUGAUAGAACCGCAAGCUAUGAUGAGGAGGUUGAAACCUACUUCUUUGAGGCACUGCUGAAGUGGAGAGAACUGAACCUCACAGAGCACUUCGGGAAGUUUUACAAAGAAGUCAUUGACAAAUGCCAGUCGUUUAACCAGCUGGUCUAUCAUCAACACGACAUAGUGCAGAGCCUAAAGACUCACCUGCAGAUCAGGAACAGUUUUGCCUACCAACCUCUUUUGGAUUUAGUAGUACAGUUGGCACGAGACCUGCAGACUGACUUCUAUCCACACUUCGAAGACUUCUUCGUGACCAUCACCUCCAUCCUGGAGACGCAGGACACGGAGCUGCUAGAAUGGGCUUUCACCUCGCUGUCGUACCUGUACAAGUACCUGUGGCGGCUGAUGGUGAAGGACAUGCCCAAGAUAUACAGCUUGUACAGUGCGCUCUUGGCCCACAAAAAACUACACAUAAGAAAUUUUGCUGCCGAAAGUUUUACUUUUUUGAUGAGAAAGGUCUCUGAUAAAAAUGCACUUUUCAAUUUAAUGUUUCUCGAUCUCAGUGAGCAUCCAGAAAAAGUGGAAGGAGUUGGACAGUUGCUCUUUGAAAUGUGCAAAGGAGUCAGAAAUAUGUUUCAUUCCUGUACAGGCCAGGCGCUGAAGCUCAUUUUGCAAAAACUAGGACCAGUUACUGAAACAGAAGCCCAGCUACCGUGGAUUUUAGUUGGGGAAACCCUGAGAAACAUGGCCAGAUCCACUGUAGGCUAUAUCUAUAAGGAACACUUCGGUGUGUUUUUUGACUGUUUGCAAGAAUCCCUCCUGGAGCUGCACAACAAAAUGACGGAAACAAACUGCUGUGAGAAUUCUGAACAGAUCAGUCGGCUGCUGGAAACCUUCCUGAUCCUUGUGAAACAUGGAAGUGGGUCAAAAAUAACAAGGCCUGCUGACGUUUGCAGGGUACUGUGUGAAGCAUUACAGACGGCCAGUCUUUCCACUUCUUGCCGGAAGACUCUCUUGGACGUAGUUUCUGCUUUACUCCUAGCUGAAAGUGUUUCCUUGCCAGAGACCCUCAUCAAAGACACCAUAGAAAAAGUAUUUGAAAGCAAAUUUGAGAGACGUUUGAUUUUGGAUUUUUCUGAAGGCAUGUUUGCUAUGAAGCAGUUUGAACAGCUGUUUCUGCCAAGCUUUCUCUGCUACAUUGAGACUUGUUUCUUGAUGGACGACUCUGUGGUCUCCGACGAAGCGCUGGCCAUUUUAGCCAAGCUUAUUCUGAAUAAAGCUGCUCCGCCCACUGCCGGCUCCAUGGCCAUUGAAAAGUACCCACUGAAUUUCUCCCAGCAGGCUGUGGGAUCCUACUUGAAGCAGAGGAAGACUGACUCCAAGAGAAGAAGGGAGCAGCUUCCAGUGCUAGAUCAUCUCUUGUCCAUAGUUCAGUUACCCCCAAGUAAUGACGCCAGAUACCUUUCACAGUCUUGGGCAGCCCUGGUGGUAUUACCUCAUAUCAGGCCUCUUGAGAAGGAGAAAGUGCUGGCUCUCCUGUCGUGCUUCAUAGAGUCGCUCUUCGUGGCUGUUGACAAGGGGAGCUUUGGAAAAGGGCGCUUGUUUGUCCUCUGUCAGGCUGUACAUACUCUGCUGGGUCUGGAAGAGUCUUCUGAGCUCCUUCAUCUGGUUCCUGUGGAGCGGGUGAAGACUUUAGUGUUAACAUUUCCAACGGAGCCAUCUGUGUUGCUGUUGGCUGAUCUCUAUUACCAGAGGCUAGCGUUAUGUGGAUGCAAAGGGCCACUUUCUGAGGAGGCCUUAAUGGAAUUAUUUUCCAAGUUACAAACAAACAUUUCAACUGGUGUCUCCAAGAUUCGGCUCUUGACAAUAAGGAUCUUAAAUCAUUUUGACAUCCGACUUCCAGCUUCAGUGGAGGAUGAUGGGCUCUCAGAGCGGCAGUCAGCCUUCGCCAUCCUGCGCCAGGCAGAGCUGGUGCCAGCAACUGUGAGCGACUACAGAGAGAAGCUGCUCCACUUGAGAAAGCUGCGGCACGAUGUGGUUCAGGAUGCAGUCCCUGCCGGACUGCUGCAGGAGGUACCACUCCGCUAUCUGUUCGCCAUGCUCUAUGUCAACUUCAGUGCCCUCUGGGACCCUGUUAUUGAGCUCAUAAGUUCUCAUGCCCAUGGAAUGGAAAACAAGCAGUUCUGGAGUGUCUGCUAUGAACACCUUGAAAAGGCAGCCUCGCAUGCUGAGAAAGAAUUGCAGAAGGAUGUGAGAGACGAGGAGAAGUCCGCUGGAGAUGGAGGUUGGGAGCAGACCCAAGAAGGGGACGUUGGCGCACUCUACCAGCAACAGUUAGCAUUGAAAACCAGCUGUCGGGAACGACUAGACCAUACCAACUUUCGAUUCUUGCUCUGGCGAGCUCUGGCCAAAUUUCCAGAGAGAGUAGAACCAAGGUCCAGGGAACUCUCCCCACUGUUCUUGAGGUUUAUCACCAAUGAGUAUUAUCCAGCAGAUCUGCAGGUUGCUCCAACCCAGGAUCUACGCAGAAAAGGUAGGGGAGCAGUGGCUGAGGAAGCGGAAGAGGAGCCCGCUGUGGGAGAAGAGGAAGAAGUGGAGGAAGAGGCAGUGCUCACAGAUGAUGCACCCCAGAGGAAAAAGACAAGACGGGCAGCAGCAAAGCAGUUAAUUGCUCAUCUGCAAGUCUUCUCUAAGUUUUCAAACCCACGGGCCUUAUAUCUAGAGUCCAAAUUAUACGAAUUGUAUCUUCAGUUAUUGCUACACCAAGAUCAAACUGUGCAAAAAAUAACCUUGGAUUGCAUAAUGACCUACAAACAUCCUCAUAUCCUACCUUACAGGGAAAACCUGCAGAGGCUGCUAGACGACCGCAGCUUUAAGGAGGAGAUCGUGCAUUUCAGCCUUUCCGAAGAGAGCGCCGUGGUCAAAGCUGCCCACCGGGCGGACUUGUGUCCAGUUCUCAUGAGAAUUUUAUACGGGCGGAUGAAGAACAAGACAGGAAGUAAAACCCAGGGGAAGUCGGCCUCGGGCACCCGAAUGGCCAUUGUCCUGCGCUUCCUCGCUGGGACCCAACCUGAAGAGAUCCAGUUCUUCUUAGAUCUGCUGUCUGAACCUGUGAAGCAUUUCAAGAACGGGGAAUGCCACUCUGCAGUUCUUCGGGCAGUGGAGGAUUUGGAUUUGUCUAAGGUCCUUCCUGUGGGCCGUCAGCAUGGCAUCCUAAACAGCCUGGAGGUGGUUCUGAAGAACGUCAGCCACCUGAUCAGCGCGUACCUGCCAAAGAUCCUGCAGAUCCUGCUGUGUAUGACGGCAGCCGUCUCGCACAUCCUUGACCAGCGGGAGAAGAUACAACUAAGAUUUAUUAACCCACUGAAAAACUUAAGACGCCUGGGAAUCAAGAUGAUCAGCGAUAUCUUUUUGGAUUGGGAAUCCUAUCAGUUCAGAGCGGAAGAAAUUGAUGCUGUGUUUCAUGGUGCAGUUUGGCCUCAGAUCUGCAGGCUUGGAUCUGAGAGUCAGUAUUCGCCUACUCCUCUGUUGAAGCUAAUUAGUAUCUGGAGCAGAAAUGCAAGAUACUUCCCUCUUCUGGCUAAACAGAGACCUGGACACCCAGAAUGCGAUGUCCUGACCAACGUCUUUGCCGUCCUCUCAGCAAAGAAUCUGUCCAAUGCCACAGCCAGCAUCGUGAUGGACAUAGUCGAUGACCUUCUCAACCUUCCAGAUUUCGAGCCCACAGAGACAGUGCCAAGCUUGCCGGUGACUGGCUGUGUGUAUGCCGAGGUGGCUGACGACACAGAGCCUCUCACUGUGGGAGGGAGACUGAUUCUGCCCCACGUGCCUGCAAUUCUGCAGUACCUCAGCAAAACCACCAUCAGCGCAGAGAAGGUGAAGAAGAAAAAGAACAGGGCACAAGUCAGUAAAGAGCUCGGCAUUCUGUCCAAGAUCAGCAAGUUUAUGAAAGACAGAGAGCAGAGCUCUCUCCUCAUCACUCUUCUCCUUCCCUUCCUCCUCCAUGGCAGUGUUGCGCAGGAUACAGAGCUUGACAUUCUGGUGACAGUGCAGAACUUGUUACAGCAUUGUCUGAACCCCACCAGCUUUCUCAAACCUCUGGCCAAACUCUUCUCAGUCAUUCAGAACAAGCUGUCAAGACAGUUGCUGUGCACUGUUUUCCAGAGUCUGUCUGAUUUUGAAAGUGGACUGAAAUAUGUUACAGACAUUGUAAAGCUUAAUGCCUUUGAUAAAAGGCAUCUCGAUGACAUCAACUUUGACGUGCGGUUCUCAGCGUUCCAGACCAUCACCUCAACCAUAAAGGAAAUGCAGACGGUGGAUGCCGACUACCUCGUCCCUGUCAUGCAUAACUGUUUCUAUAACAUGGAGGUAGGAGACAUGUCUCUAAGUGACAAGGCCAGCCUGUGCCUGACAAGCGUCAUCCAGAGGUUAGCUGCUUUGAACGUCACAGAGAAAGAGUACAAGGAGAUCAUUCACCGGACACUCCUGGAGAGACUGAGGAAAGGGUUGAAGAGCCAGACAGAGAGUGUUCAGCAUGAUUACACCGCGAUCCUCUCCUGUUUGAUUCAAACUUUCCCCGAUCAACUGGAAUUCAAGGACCUGGUGCAGCUCACUCAUCGCCACGACCCGGAAAUGGACUUCUUCGAGAACAUGAAGCACAUUCAGAUCCACAGACGAGCAAGAGCCUUGAAGAAACUGGCCAAACAACUGCUGGACGGGCAGGUCGUGCUGUCUUCCAAGUCGCUUCAGAAUUACAUCAUGCCGUACGCCAUGACUCCAAUAUUUGAUGAGAAAAUGCUCAAGCAUGAGAACAUAGCCAUUGCCGCCACGGAGGUCAUUGGCGCCGUCUGCAGACACCUGUCGUGGCCAGCGUACGUGUAUUACCUGAAACACUUCAUCCACGUCCUGCAGUCAGGCCAGGUCAACCAGAAGCUGGGCGUCAGUUUGCUGGUGAUAGUGUUGGAAGCCUUCCAUUUUGACUACAAAUCUUUUGAAGAGCAAAUGGGAAAUGUUACAAGUGAAGAAAGUGAGGAGAACACAGUUGAGAUGGCUGAGUUACUGGAACAUGAAGCCACGGAAUUGGAGCCUAUGGAUGAGGAAGAGAAGGAGCAAGCCUGUAAGGAUGAGGAAGAGAAGGAACAAGCCUGUAAGAGUUUGUUGGACAGCAAGGAGCCACUGGAAGCCCCCAAGGCAGCUGAUUCUGGUGGGACAACAGCUACGGAACAAGAGUGCAUCUUGAAGUCUGUUUCUUUCCUUCCUCGGAAUAAGGAAGAGUUAGAAAGAACAAUUAAAACCAUCCAAGGAGCCAUAACUGGGGACAUCCUCCCCAGGCUGCACAAGUGCCUGGCAUCUGCGACCAAAAGGGAGGAAGAGCACAAGCUGGUCAAGUCAAAGGUUGUGAAUGAGGAGGAAGUGGUCCGGGUCCCCCUGGCCUUUGCCAUGGUUAAGCUGAUGCGGUCCCUCCCUCAGGAGGUCAUGGAGGCAAAUCUGCCCAGUGUUUUGCUGAAAGUGUGCGUCCUCCUCAAGAACAGAGCCCAGGAAGUCAGGGACAUUGCACGCAGUACUCUCACCAAAAUAAUCGAAGAUCUGGGUGUGCACUUCCUGCAGUAUGUUCUCAAAGAGUUACAGACGACCCUUGUUCGUGGGUACCAGGUCCACGUGCUCACUUUCACUGUUUACACAUUGCUGCAAGGCCUCACCAGCAAGCUGCAAGUUGGGGACUUAGACCCUUGUCUGCCAAUAAUGACUGAGAUUUUUAACCACGAAUUGUUCGGCGCCCUAGCGGAAGAGAAGGAGGUAAAGCAGAUUCUGUCCAAAGUCAUGGAGGCACGGAGGAGCAAGAGUUACGAUUCUUACGAAAUCCUGGGCAAGUUUGUCGGAAAAGAUCAGGUCACAAAACUUAUUCUUCCAUUAAAAGAGAUCCUGCAAAACACCACGAGUUUAAAACUUGCCCGGAAAGUUCACGAAACCUUACGCCGGAUUAUAGCAGGAUUAAUUGUGAAUCCAGACAUGACAGCAGAGUCUCUUCUCCUGCUCAGCUACGGCCUGGUCAGUGAAAACCUGCCGCUGCUAACGGAAAAGGAAAAGAAGCCAGCAGCCCCCGCGCCUGAUACACGACUGCCACCCCAAAGCUGCCUUCUGCUCCCCCCAGUUCCAGUCCGAGGUGGGCCAAAGGCCAUUGUGAGCAAGAGAACCAACAUGCACAUAUUCAUCGAGUCUGGUCUUCGGCUGCUACAUCUGAGUCUGAAGACUUCCAAGGUCAAGUCUAGUAGUGAGCAUGUUCUGGAAAUGUUGGACCCUUUUGUGGAAGUCCUCAUCAACUGCCUGGACGCCAAGGAUGUGAAGGUGAUCACGGGCGCUUUGCAGUGCCUGAUCUGGGUCUUGCGGUUCCCUCUGCCUUCCAUAGAAACAAAAGCAGGACAGCUGACCAAGCACCUUUUCCUCUUGCUGAAGAACUAUGCAAGACUGGGGGCUGCCCGGGGCCAGAACUUCCACCUGGUAGUGAAUUGUUUCAAGUGUGUGACCAUCGUGGUCAAGAAGGUCAAGUCCUGCCAAAUAAGUGAGAAACAGCUUCAGGUUCUCCUGGCGUACGCUGAGGAAGACAUUUAUGACACCACAAGACAGGCUACUGCCUUUGGUCUUCUCAAGGCUAUUUUAUCAAGAAAAUUAUUGGUCCCAGAAAUUGAUGAUAUCAUGCGGAAAGUAUCCAGCUUGGCAAUUUCUGCGCAGAACGAGCCUGCCAGGGUCCAGUGCAGACAGGUUUUUCUGAAAUACAUUCUUGACUAUCCCCUCGGUGAUAAAUUGAGACCAAACUUGGAAUUCCUGCUUGCUCAGCUGAAUUAUGAACACGAAACUGGAAGAGAAUCCGCCUUGGAAAUGAUUGCCUAUCUCUUUGACACCUUCCCUCAGGGCCUGCUCCAUGACAACUGCGGGAUGUUCUUCAUCCCUCUUUGCCUGAUGAUGGUGAACGAUGGCUCCGCCAUGUGCAAGAGGAUGGCGUCCAUGGCCAUCAAAUCCCUGCUUGGCAAGGUCAGCGUCGAGAAGAGGGACUGGCUCUUCGGUAUGGUGACCUCCUGGUUUGAAGCGAAAAAGCGAUUAAACCGACAGCUAGCUGCCCUGGCCUGCGGCUUAUUUGUGGAGAGUGAAGGAGUUGAUUUCGAGAGAAGGCUUGGAGCUCUUCUUCCUGUGAUUGAAAAGGAGGUUGAUCCUGAGAACUUUAAAGACAUCGUAGAGGAGACGGAGGAGAAAGCUGCAGAUCGCCUGCUGUUUGGUUUUCUCACGCUGAUAAGCAAACUCGUCAAGGAAUGUAACAUUAUUCACUUCACCAAGCCCUCUGAGACGUUGAAUAAAAUCUGGAGUCAUGUGCACGCGCACCUCAGACAUCCGCACAACUGGGUGUGGCUCACAGCCGCCCAGAUUUUUGGGUUGCUCUUUGCAUCUUGUCAGCCGGAAGAGCUCGUUCAAAAAUGGAAGAGCAAAAAGGCCAAAAAGAAGCCCACAGAGCCUGUAGCAGUCAAGUUCCUAACAAGUGACCUUGACCAAAAGAUGAAGAGUAUCUCCCUGGCUUCCUGCCAUCAGCUGCAUUCCAAAUUCUUAGACGAGACCCUCGGAGAACAGGUUGUUAAGAACUUACUGUUCAUAGCAAAAGUCUUGUAUUUACUGGAACCUGAUUCUGGGAACAAGCAAGGAGAGUUGAAAGACUUGGAAGAACAGGACACGCUAGGAGAUGCUCUGGCCAAAGAGGUGACAGAAGACGAGGCUGGUGCAGACGGAAGGACGGAGUUGGACGGAGAAGAGAAGGAAGAGCCCGGCAAGCCGGCCACACUGCUGUGGUUGAUCCAGAAACUGUCCCGGAUGGCUAAGCUGGAAGCUGCUUAUACACCCAGAAACCCCUUAAAGAGAACCUGCAUCUUUAAGUUUCUUGGUGCAGUAGCUGUGGACCUUGGAGUGGACCGGGUCCAGCCCUACCUCCCAGAGAUCAUCGCGCCUCUGUUUCGGGAACUCAACAGCACCUACUCGGAGCAAGAUCCCCUGCUGAAGAAUCUAUCCCAGGAAAUCAUAGAAUUACUCAGAAAGCUGGUUGGGCUCGAGCGCUUCUCACUGGCCUUUGCCUCUGUCCAGAAGCAGGCUAGUGAGAAGAGGGCGCUCCGGAAGAAGAGGAAGGCCGUGGAGUUUGUAACCAAUCCUGAUAUUGCUGCCAAGAAAAAGUUGAAGAAACAUAAAAAUAAAAGUGAAGCAAAGAAAAGAAAGAUUGCAUUCCUGCGCCCAGGCUAUAAGGCCAAGAGACAGAAAUCCCACAGCCUGAGAGACUUAGCGAUCAUGGAGUGAGAUCUCCCUGCGCGCAGAGCAGUAACUCACACUGUCUCUGGGGUGGAAACCUGAACUUCCGGCCUUCCUCUACUGGACUGAAUUAGACUUUGGAAGGUAGGCGUGGCUGUAAUCUCUACACCUGGACAGCUAAGGCAGGAUUGCUUCAAGUUUGAGGCCCACCUGAACUACACAGUGAGUUUCAGGCCAGUGGACUAAGGAAAACAGGACCCAACCAAAAGAAAAUAAGUUAAACUUUGGCAUAGAUUUGUAAUUAUAUUUUAAUGUAAUCAUGCUUGUAUUCUUUUAAAUUAAAAUGUUUAAUAUGAUACUAACUGACAUGGCUUAAAACCUAGCUUUUUCAGAAAAAGAUCAUUAACACAGAGAAAGGCUGGUGUGGUGGUGUUCACCUUUAAUCCCAGGAGUCUGGAGGUAGAAAUGAUUGGAUCUGUGUGAGUUUGAGAACAUAGACCCUGCCUCAAAAUAUAUAUUUAUGUAUACUAUACAAUUAUAUUUUUAAAAUUAUAUUUAAAUAUAAAAAGUAGAUGUUAGGAAUAAGUAGAACAAAGUAUUGGUAAUAACAUCAGAAAGCACUGAGAAGUCUGCGAACAGAUACAGGCAUGCUGACGGAUUCAGUAUCGUGAAGUGCUAUUUUCCCAGAUUGAUCCACUGGCUGACUACAUAUGGGAGCAAAACCCAAAAAUAUAUGGCCCUGUAUAAUACAGGAUAAAGAGAAUGAGCCCAGUGUUUAAAGACAGUGAAUCUGGAGAAGGAACACGAUUCAAACCCACAGUGUGUGGUGACAGGUCUUAUGCUGUACUAGCAACACUCCUAAGAUUUGGAGGUCCAGGUUUCCAUAUUUGGCUUGUGUGCAAAUGCCUCAGCUUAAACAAGAAACACAGUUACCAUUUGCUUUCCCAGAAACUUUCCCAGAUUCUAUCUGGAGUGACUCACUCUUGAAGGAAACUGGUGUCAGCUGCUCGGCUGUGCCAUCACCUGCUCACCACACUCAGCGCUGAAGCAACACUCCUCAGUGCCCGGUGUAUUUGGGAAACAGAACCCAUCCUGUGCGUUAGGUACCUGGCGUACAUCUUAAUUCUGAUCCUACCUCUGGGAUUAAAAAUUGUUCCUAUUUUACAGAUGCAGUGGACUCAGCAAAUAACUAAGAAAUUGUGGAAAGUAGAACCAAAAUUCAAAACACUCCCCUUACUAAGCUUCUUUCACACACAAGUGCAUGCGUGCGUGCACACACACUGCCAAGCUCCUUAGACAGAUUGGUGCGCGCACACACACUCUCUAGUAUUCAGAUUUACUUGGUAAAUGUCAACAUUGGAGUUCGGGAUUUAUUCUAGCCUCUGUGAUGCAUCAUCAGAUUGAGGUGAUGGGGGCUAGGUGCCGGGCAGCAUGUGUCCGCUGCACCCUAUUUUUCCAGUGUUCCAGAAUCAUAGGGGAGUAAACAUAGUAACUCAGUGUAAAUAAAUUACUUUUUUGCCAUUUUCCAGCUGUGUGCCAUUGACCAGAAGGAAACUAAAGUAUAAACUGCAGUGCCCCUUGCCUACCUGACCUGUGUACCCUAUUACGGCUUCUGCAUGGUGUACGUAUUACGGUGUGAGGGGAUGCGCUUGUCUGUGUGUGCAGAUGUGAAGGUCAGAUCUCUCCAUCUUGUAGGCUGAGAUAAAGGUCUCAGUGCUGGACCUUGCCAUUUCAUUAGACCCGCCCCCAACACUGAGGUUAAAGACAUGCCUAGCUUUUUACAUGCUUGUUGGGUGUCAAACGAUGACCCUCAUGCUUGCACGGUAACCUCAGCCUCAAGUAUGAAUAUAUUCCAGUGUAAGGGAAUGUCCACAUAUAUGGGUACUAAAGUGCAUAUAAAAACAAAGCCUUGUCUUGGUAAUAAUUGUGCCUGGAGGAAGAGGGUCCCUAAAAAGAUUGCCAAAAAAAAAAAAAAAAAAAAAAAACACACACUAAAAGCUUAUGAAUCCUAAGCCGGCCAUGAUAACAUGAAGCCAGGCAUGAGGAGCCCUGGAAGUUUGAGGCCAGCCUGGGCUAGCUCCCAAAAAUAAAAAUCUCUUAAGAGCAAAGUGUGUUCUUUACUUACCCUAACAAAAUGACCAUCUAUGGGAGGGAAGGCUAGAGCCCACAUCUGUACCAAUGUCUAACUUUCAAAUGCCCGUUGUUGGUAUUUGAAGGAACCCCCGGUGUUAGUGACACCGCGGACCAUGCCCACCGUCAUACGUGCUAAAGGUGAGGUGACACACAGGCCAUGCCCGCCUUCACAUGUGCUAAGGGUGAGGUGGACUGUUAGACUGACGUAGUUCCUCAGGACAGUUUUAAGCCUUCAGUAUGCCUAAUUUUUAAAACUAGGAAUAUUUAAUUUUCUUUAGAACCAGUAAGAUAUUUUAGCCAAUUUUAAUCUGAAAAGGGCAUAUAAGUGGAAAACAGUAAAGACACUGUGUUAAUAUUAUUAAAAUUACUUUUUAUUUGCUUUCUUGUGAAAUUUUUUACUAUGUUGUAGAUUCAUCAAAUACAGCUAUUUGGGAUCAUUCUGACUGUAUCAGUUAUCAUUUUACUGGCAUAGACAAGAGUUUAUAUAAACAUUACUUUGAAUGUC